UUAGUCAUUCAAAGACCCCACCCUUUUUCUUGACAAAGAAAAUCCAUGGAUUCCGACCUUGGAAGAACAGUGGAUUGCAAUAAGAAAGACAAUUGAAUUAUUACCGAAACGUAAAAGAUUCUCUACAGCGACGGAAAAGCAAGAAAGCAGCAGAUAGUAAAAUCCAGAUGGGCACGGCAAGUCAGUGGGGAAAAGGAAAAGGAAAAAAGAAACCAUUUCUUUUUCUCUCUCUAGUCUAGAGAGAGAAAGCUAGAGAGAGAGAGAUGAUAAAGGUGGAGCAAAGUGGAGAAAGGACAGCACAAAAGGGAGAGAAUUUCGGGGAAAAGUUGAGGAGAGUGGGGAAGAGAGCGGGGCAAACCACUCCAGUUGCUUCCUUUUUCAGAUACCCUCAAGAAUUACAUCUCUCUGCUGCAUCGGCAGCGGCGGCGGCGGCGGCAGCUCCUCGUAGUGGCGGUGAAGAAUUGCGAGAGAAUUGUAGUGUUGAUUUUAGAGACGCCCCUUUUCGAAAUCCCUGUUUUUCUGCGAGGAAACUUGCUGCCGCACUUUGGGAACUCCAUCACUACCACCAGGUGUUUGAUAAAAUGCACCACCGAGGCGCCGGUGUCCCUCCUCCCAGGCUCCGCCGCCUCAACCACCACCAGAUUUCUAUGGACAAGAAUGGCGGCCAUGAACCCCUUGAUCCUUCCCCUAGUUCACCGGACCUGGCGGGAAGUUGUAGCACUUUGAGGAGGCAAGUCGUUGCUUCGUUAAUGCAACAUCAUCAUCUGUCGUCGGCUGAGAGGACAAAUCAUGCUAUGCAACCGGUCUCGCCUGCAAGUUACGGCAGUUCAAUGGAGAUUGCAGCGUAUAAUCCAGCACUUACUCCUACGAGCUCCGUAGAAUUAAAAGGUAGAGGUGGUAGCUUACGAACAUCAACCGAACUCCUCAAAGUACUAAAUCGCAUAUGGACCCUCGAAGAGCAGCACAUUUCCAACAUGUCCCUCGUCAAAACCCUAAAGAAGGAUCUAGAACAUUCCCGCUCCCAGAUCAAAGCAUUAACAAGAGAGCAGCAAAUCGAACGCCACGAAAUGAACGAGCUGAUCAAGCAGAUCAAGGAGGACAAGAUCGUAAUUAAGAAGAACAAGGAUCAAGAAAGAAUCGAAGCCACCAUUCAAUCCAUGCGCGGCGAAUUGGAAGACGAGCGGAAGCUGAGGAAGCGAUCCGAGAGCCUCCACAGAAAGUUGGCGCGCGAGAUCCAAGGUACGAAGAGUAUCCUCGCGGAAGUUUCGAAAGAUUUGGAGAAGGAGAGAUGCUCGAGGAAUCUUUUGGAGGAUCUUUGCGACGAGUUCGCUUUGGGAAUAAGGGAUUACGACAAGCAAGUUCACUCCCUCGCGCAAAAAUCGGACAUGGACUACAGCGAUCGGUUGAUUCUGCAUGUGUCGGAAUCUUGGCUCGAUGAACGCAUGCAGCUGAAUUCUCAAGCGGGGCCCACUUUUGGGUCGGCUGUGGAGAAAUUGAGCACCGAGAUUGAAGCUUUUCUCCGUGCUAAAAGAAGCGCUAAGAAAAAGAGUGAUGUGGGCCCCACUUUCCGAAGAAGCUCUCUUGAAUCUAUACCGUUGAAUUUGGCUGUUAGCAGCGCCCCACGAGACAUGGAUGAUGAUGAUGAUGACUCGGCGAGUGGCGAUUCGAAUUGUUUCGAACUGGAGAAAGUUAGUGAAUUUGAAUCGGCUUUAAAAAAUCAACACGAUGAAAAUUCGAAGCAAAGGGAAGUGAAGAAAAAGCACGGAGAAAUUAUUACGGACCGUGUUGAAGAUGGACAAGAAAAACGCGAAGCGGACGAAGAUUGCGGGGUGGUUAGUAAUUCGAAUAAUAUGAUCAAGAAUUUAAUCAGAAAUCAUUAUUUGUUGUCUGAAAGUAAAGAAGAUUGUGGGCCCGCUUCUUCUUCUUCGGUGUGGAGGAGUCAGCCUAGUCCGGUACGACAGUGGACGGAGAAGCUUCCGUCGAACGUUCCAGAAACUUCCGGAGCCUCGGCUUCGAAAUUGCAUCCGGACUUGAAGGAGAAUACUUUGAAGGCUAAGCUGUUUGAAGCAAGAACGAGGGGUCAAAGGUUGCACUCGCGCGUAAAGGGUUCGAUUGUACUUUCUCGAAAUAAAUGAUUUUUUUUUUUUUUUCGGUAUGUUUGACACUCAGAACUUUUCUUUUCGCCUGAGAAAAUGGUCAUUGUUAAUAAUAAACUAGAGAAUUCUAUCUUUUGAUUCAACACAAUAUCAUCUGUAAUUAAUGUAAUGAAGCAUUCACAUUUCACAGUGUAAUUUUAUUA